AUGGACCGUGGGGCCAUCCCGCUGCUGCUGCUCAGCUUCCUCUGCCUCCUGCCCGCCGCCCAGCUCCAGACCAAGAUACCGCUGGAGACGGUUAAGUCUUGGGCAGAUGCCUUUGGUGGUGAGCUGUACUCAAUUGUGACCAAGUAUUCAGGCUCUCUCCUAUUGCAAAAGAAAUACAAAGACGUGGAGCCAACCCUGAAGAUCAAAGAAGUGGAUGGCCUGGAGCUUGUAAAGAAGUUCUCAGAGCAGAUGGAAAGCAUGCUCCGCAGGAAGGUGGAAGCUGUUGAGAGGCUGGUGGAAGCAGCAGAGGAUGCAGAUCUGAACCAUGAGUACAACUCCUCACUGGAGUUUGAUUACUACAACUCCCUCCUGAUUAAUGAGAAGGAUGAAAAUGACAAUUAUGUGGAGCUUGGAGAUGAAUUCAUUCUGGAGCCAAAUGAGCAUUUCAAUAACCUGCUGGUAAACACAACAUACAGUGAUAUCCAGCUCCCUACCAAUGUCUACAACAAAGAUCCUGACAUCUUGAAUGGUGUUUACAUGUCAGAAGCCUUGAACCCUGUCUUUGUGGAUAACUUUGAAAGGGAUCCUACGCUGACCUGGCAGUACUUUGGCAGUUCCACAGGGUUCUUCAGGCUCUACCCAGGAAUAAAGUGGCUACCAGAUGAGAACGGGGUCAUCUCCUUUGACUGCAGGAAUCGUGGCUGGUACAUCCAAGCAGCCACCUCUCCCAAGGACAUUGUCAUUAUUGUGGAUGUCAGUGGAAGCAUGAAGGGCCUGCGGAUGACCAUUGCCAAACACACCAUUGUCACCAUUCUAGAUACUCUUGGGGAAAAUGACUUUGUCAAUAUCAUUGCAUACAAUGAUUAUGUUCAUUUUAUUGAACCCUGUUUUAAGGGUAUCCUGGUCCAAGCAGACAGAGACAACAGAGAGCAUUUCAAGCAGCUGGUGGAUGAACUGCAGGCAAAAGGAGUGGGAACGGUGAACAAGGCCUUGACUGAGUCCUUCAAAAUCCUGAGGGAGUUCAGAGAUGCAGGCCAAGGAGGCUUGUGUAACCAAGCCAUCAUGCUGAUCACAGACGGAGCAGUGGAGGAUUAUGAAGCUGUGUUUGAAAAGUACAACUGGCCAGAUCGAAAGGUCCGGGUUUUCACUUACCUCAUUGGACGGGAGGUCACUUUUGCCCCCAACGUGAAAUGGAUCGCCUGCAACAACAAAGGCUACUAUACCCAGAUCUCCACACUGGCGGACGUCCAGGAGAAUGUGAUGGAGUACCUGCAUGUUCUCAGCCGUCCUAUGGUCAUCAACCAUGACCACGACAUUAUAUGGACUGAAGCCUACAUGGACAGUGCGCUCUUUGCAUCUCAGGCUCAAAGUCUGUUGCUCAUGACAACAGUGGCUAUGCCAGUCUUCAGCAAGAAGAAUGAGACGCGAUCUCACGGCAUUCUCCUGGGUGUGGUGGGCUCUGAUGUGCCACUGAGGGAGUUGUUAAAACUUGCUCCACGUUAUAAGCUGGGUGUCCAUGGAUAUGCCUUUCUGAACACCAACAAUGGCUACAUCCUCUCACACCCAGACCUCCGUCCCUUGUAUAAAGAAGGAAAGAAACUGAAGCCUAAGCCGAACUACAACAGUGUAGAUCUCUCAGAAGUGGAAUGGGAAGACCGGGAUGAAAUACUGAGAUCUGCCAUGAUCAAUGGGGAAACAGGCUACCUCUCCAUGGAUGUGAAGGUCCCUGUGGAUAAAGGGAAACGAGUUCUCUUCCUCACAAAUGACUAUUUCUUCACGGACAUCAGUGGCACACCCUUCAGCCUGGGGGUUGUACUGUCCAGGGGACACGGGGAGUACAUUCUGCUGGGGAACACUUCAGUGGAAGAAGGUUUGCAUGACCUGCUCCAGCCAGAUGUGUCUUUAGCAAACGAAUGGAUUUACUGCAUCACAGACAUCGAUCCAGACCACCGGAAGCUCAGCCAGCUGGAGGCUGUGAUCCGUUUCCUCACAGGAGAGGAACCUGACCUGGAAUGCGAUGAGGAAUUGGUCCAGGAAGUGCUGUUUGAUGCAGUGGUCACUGCACCCAUGGAAGCCUACUGGACAACACUGGCCCUCAAUAUGUCCACGGAGUCUGAGGCAGGGAUUGAGAUGGCAUUUCUGGGCACUCGGGCUGGACUCAUGAGGAGCGCCCUGUAUGUGGGCUCUGAGAAACUUUCUAACAAGAAAUUCCUGACUCGGAAGGACAAAGAGAGUAUCUUCACCAUGGACCACUUCCCUCUGUGGUACCGCCGGGCAGCCGAGCAUCCCCCUGGGAGCUUCAUCUACAGCAUCGUUUCAGAAGAUGACUCAGAGGGCGGCGGCCUACCAAAAGUGGUGACAGUUAGCACGGCAGUGGCUGUAUCUGUCGAUGGGAAGAUGGGUAUUGCUGCAGCGGUGGGCGUGCAAAUCAAGCUGGAGUUACUCCAACGCAAGUUCUGGAUGGCCAUGCAGCAGUGCAGUGCCUUCGAUGGUGCCUGUCCUCUCAGCUGUCAGGACGAUGUUCUGAAUUGCUUCCUCAUUGAUAAUAAUGGCUUUAUCCUUGUUUCCAAAAGACCUCCAGAGAUUGGAAAAUUUCUUGGUGCAGUGGAUGGCUCAGUAAUGACCCAGCUACUGAACAUGGGCAUGUUCAGGCGGGUGACAAUGUAUGACUACCAAGCAAUGUGCAAGGUGCCCUACCACCACCACAGUGGUGCCCGGCCACUGCUCAGUCCAAUUUAUGCCUUUCUAGCUGCACUGAAAUGGCUGAUAAGUGAUUUCCUCAUCUUCCUGUUGGAGUUUAACAUGAGUAGCUUCUGGCACUCCGACAAUGUGGCAGACGCCAAGGCUGUCUUCCAUCACUCCCACAAGCACAAGAAGCACGACACGCUGCAGCCCUGCGACACAGAGUACCCCGUCUUCGUGUACGAGCCGACCAUCAAGGAGACCAACGGGCUGAUCGAGUGCGGGGACUGCCAAAAAAUGUUUGUGGCCCAGCAGAUUGCCAGCAGCAACCUGCUGCUUCUUGUGACAGAUGCCACCUGCGACUGCAGCAUCUUCCCACCUGUCCUGCUGGAUGCGAAAGAAGUCAAAUACAAUGCAUCGGUGAAGUGUGACCGCAUGCGCUCCCAGAAGCUGAGGCGGCGACCAGACACGUGCCACGCGUUUCACCCCGAGGAGAAUGCCCAGGACUGUGGUGGUGCUGCUGAGCUCUCAGUCUCCCCCAUGCUGCUCCUCCUGCCCCCAGCGCUGCUCGUGCGGUGACACUGCUCACAGUGGGGACACGGCGAGGGACAAACUGCCGGCCCUGUGGGGACAUCCUGGUGACACCGGGGAUGGCAGUGUGCCCUGGGAGGCACAGGGCUCUGCCAGGCAGAUCUGGCCUUAGGAGAGUGGG